UGUUCCUGCACUUACCAAUAAAUAGCCAAACACAAAUCAACUCGUAGAUUUUGACUCUGAUCAGUGAGCCAGACCACCGGUGAAAAUGACUGUGAAGAUCCUCUCCAUCACUCUCCUCCUGCUCUCGGUGUGUGUGUGCUGCCACUCCUCUGAAGAUACUCAAGUCCGUGGACCUGGAAGAAUCCGCCCGUGCUGCGUUUGCGUCGACAAAGACAAUAUGACUGCUGAGGUGGUGGGAGAAACAUAUCGUGAGCAGGCUGCAAGAGGACACUGUGUGAAGGCUAUAAUUUUUAACACAAAAAAGGGACAACUUUGUGCUGAUCCAAAAGCUCAGUGGGUCAAAGAUCUCACUGCCAAAAGCCACUCUGCAGGUCCACCUGGUCCUAGAAGUAAACGCCCGUGCUGCGUUGAUGUCACCGACAUCGAUAUGAGCCCUGAGGUGGUGGGGGAAACAUAUCGUGAGCAGGCUGCAAGAGGACGCUGUGUGAAGGCUAUAAUUUUCAACACAGAAUAUGGACAACUUUGUGCUGAUCCGAAAGCUCAGUGGGUCAAAGAUCUCACUGCCAAAAUGAGGAAGGAGUGAAGUCUGUCUGCUACAUCAGUAUUUUCAGCAUUUCCAUCACCUUUAAAGGCUUAUUCAAACCAGAGCGCUUUCUCAGCCUGACUGUUUCAAAACAUUUUUUUUGUAGAUUAAUUUUUACUGUGGAGUAAACCUGUAUUUUAUUCACGCUGUUGACUUCAUUGUUUUUUAAUUGAUAAUUGGGGUUCAGGUUGCUUUGUCUUUUUU